AUGAAUAGGGAAGAUCGAGACACGUGGCUUCUUUACAUUCUCAGCGAAAAGAUAGAUCCGGACACAAAGCAGUUGUGGUGCCAAAAGAUAGCCGAAAUGGAUGAAGAAAACAUCAAUCUGCAAUGCUUUCUGAAGUUUAUAGAAUCUCGGAGUUUCGCUCUUCAGUCAUCUCAGCCUCCACGAACAAAAACUAAUGUGCCCUUCAAACAACCUUCAAAAUUUCAACCUCCAUGCAAAAACGCUAGCGCAUUUGUUGCCACGAAUAGUACGUCCUGCAACGUAUGCAACAAACAAAACCACCAAUUAUACCAAUGCGGUAAGUUCCUUCAUAUGAAUCACGAGCAACUUUGUGAAAAACAUUUCUCUGAUCAUACUAUACGAGAUGAGUCAGGAAAGUUUGUCGUUCGUCUCCCGUUUUUACGCGAUCCCACCCAACUAGGUGAGUCGAAGCAGAUUGCUGAGAAAAGACUUCGCUGCUUAGAGAAAAAACUCGAUCGUAACCAACAAUUGAAAGAUGAGUACCAUGCGUUCAUCCGCGAAUAUAUCGAUCUUGGGCAUAUGUCACUCGUUAGUGAUACCAACACAGAUAGCAAAUCGGUUUAUCUCCCACAUCAUUGCGUGCUCAAAACAACCAAUUCGACCACCAAAUGUCGAGUCGUUUUUGAUGCCUCGGCAAAGACGACGAGUGGUCUCUCAUUAAACGAUGUGCUCAUGUGCGGUCCUGUUUUGCAAGAUUCACUGAUCAAUAUUUUAAUUCGAUUUCGCUUUCCAUCGAUCGUUCUCGCAAGCGUUGCAAGGCAAAUGUAUCGAAUGAUAUGGCUGAACGAGCUUGAUCGUGACUUGCUUAAAGUCUUGUGGAGAUGGACUAAUGAGGAAUGCAUUAAGGAAUAUCGUCUAAAUACCGUCACCUUCGGAACAAAAAGUGCAUCAUAUUUGGCUACAAAAUGUGUGCAGCAGCUUCUAGAGUCGUUUCGACAUCAAUAUCCUGUAGCUGUAGAGAAAGCGGAAAAGGGCAUUUAUGUCGAUGACAUUCUGACUGGUGCUUCGUCAGAGGCAGAAGCAAAAAACUUACGGCAGCAGUUGACUGAAAUCUUUGCUGCCGGUGGAUUUCAACUCCGGAAGUGGGCGUCCAACAGCGCAGAAGUUUCAGAAGGGGUUCCUGACGCCGAUUUAGAAGUGAAAAUUCCCAUUGAUGAGAAUCCAAACAGCACCAUCAAAGCUCUUGGAAUGCAGUGGCAGCCGUGCAGCGACCAGUUCCAUUUUUCAUACCAACCAACCGAGAUCCUUCAGCCCACAAAGCGAAUCAUUUUAUCGCAAAUAGCCAGCCUUUUCGACCCGCUUGGCCUUCUUUCACCAAUUAUAGUCAAGGCAAAGCUGGUAAUGCAGCGAAUGUGGAUUCCGCGAAGGGUAAUCGACAUGCGGAAUUGGUCUCGUCUCUACCUGCACGGCUACUGCGAUGCAUCCGACGUAGCAAUGGGUGCUUGCAUAUACAUCCGAGCCGUAAGCGAUGACAACAGAACUUCGUCCCAUCUUCUCUGUUCCAAAUCGAAACUGGCACCAAUAGGCAACAACAGAAUGACCAUACCCCGAUUGGAAUUACGUGCAGCAGCCAUUCUCGCACGAUUGAUAUCAAAUGUGAGAGAAGCUCUUUCUUCUACUACUUUCCACGAGAUUCGGGCCUUCUCCGAUUCCAAAGUUGUUUUAGCAUGGCUGGCUGGAGGUGCUGCAAGAUGGAAGACCUUCGUGGCGAAUCGCGUGGCAGAGAUCUCGUCACAUCUACCUUAUAUCAACUGGGCUCACGUAGGCACUCUCGACAACCCAGCUGAUCUGGUAUCGCGGGUGUGUUUCCCGAUCAAUUCAAGCAAACUCUCUUUGGUGGCAUGGACCAAGCUGGGAGGCAACGACGAUAAAUUGCGAAUCAUCUUCAAUCGACAAUCUCAAUACAGAUGA